AGUACCGCUCGCCACACAGCGGGUGACUCGGGCCGCGACUCGGCCGGCGAUCGCUUCGCGUGCGAGUUCCUCGUGGCGGCAGAGCGGCACCCUUGACGUCGGGGGCCUCGCUGUUGGGGAUCGCGGAAUUCUCCCGUUCGCCAUCGUCGCUACCCGUGGACGCUUGGCGAUCACGGUGUUGCAGUCGGCUUCAUUCGCUCUGAAGGUCUCAGUACGUUCCACCGCAAGACGAAACUCAAGGAUGACCAUUGGCGCCAGCUGAGCGUGUGAGAGUCGAUCUCGGCUUCAGCAGUACACCAAUACUUUGCAUCAGAUUGUGCGGUCCAUGCCCAUUACUGAGUGGCAGGCUGGAAGCGGCACCUGUCGAUGCCAGCUCGCUCUUCGUCUAGUCAGCGAAUGUCAGUGAAGCGGAAGGACAUGACUGCCCGGACUCUCGUACACAGGCUCUUCGCAGUGACGGCGACUGGCUCAUGAGCGGAGCGUCCACGUGGUCACCUGAGAACUGCUUUCAUUAAGAGGUAGAACACCGCAAUGAAGUGCUCCAGCGUAGCCUUGGGCCUCGCCGCAGCACAGCUUGUGGCUGGCUUGGGCCUGACCGUGCUUCCCAUCCACACCAUGCUCAAGCUGCCGUCGCUAGCCACUAGGGACUGUCCACUCUGGGCCGCUGGACCGUUGCUGUGCGCAGGAAUCAUUGGCAUCAUCGCCGUAUACAGCAACAAAAACUACAAGAGCCAGAACAAUCGCAAGCCCAUCUUCAUACUCAAGAUAGUGAGCUUCGCACUGAGCAGCCUCGGCGGCGUGCUGUGCUUGGUGGCCGCUGCCUUCUUGGUGCUGCACGUGCUGCUGUACAUUGACCGGUACACGCAGUGCCGCGACGACCCGAUGCGCCGCCAGUGCCUGUGCGCUCUCGACGCCGCACGCGUCUACCGAUACGACAGUGUAACCUGCUUGCAGGUUCACAGCACCGUCAAGGGCUUAUUCUACACGAUGGCCGCAGUGUCACUGCUUGGCGGUGUGUGCAGCCUGUGGCACCUGACCCUGCUGUGGAGCAGCCGCUACGUGUACUUCAAUGCGGGUCUGCGUUGCACUGUGGUGGAUCCACCGCCAGGAGGCCUCGAACAGUACUCGGUGGCCGAAGCUGAGCAGAGCGAUGCGCCGCCGCGGCGGCUACCGCAGUUGAUAGCGUCGCCGCCGUGACCCUCACUGCAGGCCUGGAUGCCCUUGGUGGUCGAAUCUCGCUGUCGCGGCAUAGGAAACGUGGCACAAAUCACCGAAUGGCGUCAGGGUAGAGUGGAGGCACGUCAAUUGGAAUGUAGAUUUACUGUUGGCGACAGAGGACGUGCGUCAGUUUGAUCUCUUCCCAGUAGCUGUCCGUGAUGUGACACUUUCAACAUGUGCAGCAGCAAGGUUCCGCGAGCAUUACGGCCACCAGUUUGCGUUGUGCACUGUAGUCCUGCUGAAUGUACUUUGUGUCUGUGUUUUA